AUGAGGUGUUGGGGCUUUCACACGGUGGCGCUGGCUCAUGACUCAGCGGAGGAGGCUAUAUCAGCAACAAAGGACUUACUGAAUCGACUUAAUACAAAUGGUGAGCUUACGAGCUGGUCGAGGUACUGUUCAUUUCGCGUCGUGGAUCGCGCUGAGCUAGAUGCGCUCGCGCAAUUUUUUCAUACUGAGGAACUGGAUACUAAACUACGCGAAGAUAUGGCGCUAGAGAUAGCAUCCAGCACAAAUGAGUACAACGGUGUCGAUGUCAACCCUCGUGUACUUUUAAACAGCAAACAGAUAGAGGAAACUACAAGAGUCGCACCGACACCCUCGCUGCUCGCGCUGGCUUUCCAGCGGCUUGUGGCUCGAGACAAGCUAGAGUUUCUCGCGCACCAGCACAUCAGUUUUGAUACAGUAGAAAUUGGCGAGCAUCAGAUGCAGGAUUUCGUAAAGAUGACGAAGAAUAUUUCUUCGGAAUCGAAAGAGAAAGCAGAGACGCCUGCGCGUGUAUACUUAUUGGUGGACUAUCCUUCUUCGCUUAUAGAGACAGAAGAACUGUUGAGGCUUGGAGAGGUAGAUAAUAUAUUACAGAAAGCUGAUGAAUCAGAUAAUCUACCGCUUUGUCCUUUGAUUGAUGGGGUGAUUCUCAUAGCUACCUCCAUGGAUAUGUUAGCAGCAGCUCGGAACGAAACCUUAUGUGGCGUAACUGAUCAUUUACAACCAGAUAAUGGUAAUGGUGGUGAAAAAAUCACGUGUACGGCGAUUGACAAAACAGUUAUAUCUCUGACAACAAAUGCAUUCGUGAAGAUGCUGUAUGAAGCUGCUCACGUGGGUAAGCCAGAAUGGAACGAUUUUACAUUUACAAAGAUGACCUGCAGCGCAGAUGCAACGAAUUUAAAGAAUUAUGAAGAUUUUGAGCGAGAAUUCGUAUCCUCUGUAAAGUUGAUAGCUGCUCAAAAAUUUGCUUUCAAGAAGUGGUUGGCAUCAACAACGUAUUCGGUGAUCCCAGUUCUAUCUGAUAACGCGAAUAGUGGAAAUAACUGGCUGUAUAGAAAUUAUGAAAAGGUGCUGGAUGGGGUAUCUAUCGCUAGUGUAUCAGUCAGCACGGUGCUGUUCGCCAUCACUGAGGCCAUUGCUUUAGGCUCUUCCUCUAUGAUAUCACCUAUCGUCUGCCAAAAUAACAAUUCAUCUCGGUUCGAAGAAUUUCUCGAGUAUGGUGACUUGGCUGCGUGCCGAGUCGCAAGCGCUCAGCUUUAUAAUGAAAUGUUACAAGCUGAUGGAAAUUCCUGUUUUCUACCAUAUAGUAAAUGUCGCCUCGAUGAAAUUGAAAAAAACAUGUUGCUGCGAGGAGAUCUACCAGGUGUAGGCACCAACGGGCGAAUAGCAAAGCUUGACCACGCAAACUUGACCCAACUAGAACGUAGUGUUUGUGAUACAGAAAUCGCAUCAUUUUUGACCUUACCACGUUUAAACUGCUCGAUGGUGCAUCGGACACGUCAACUUUUACAGAUAGAAGAUAUGCUAGGGAGCUCUUGGAAGGGACUUUUGCAGGCACGCGCAUAUUCUGAAAAUCUGGCACGCACUGUUUUACCUCAACGAAUCGCUCAAGUACUAAGGGAGAACUCAUCUGACACUUACUUAAGUUACUAUCCACACACGGACUCACUCUUGUUGGUCUGUCACCCGCGUAUCGCAUCUGGUCGAAUGAAAGUAUCAACCUGGGUGGCUAGUGAUCAUGUACGCCAUCGAGUAGCUUUUAAAAAUUGGAAGCACGACCAGAUAUUUCCACAAAAAGAUCUGACACUACAGAUUGAAGCUGCAGCAGGAGCAUAUAUACCUUUGUCUGCCAGCCAGCUAGCGCUCGUAGCAACUCAAAGUUGGUCGAUGUAUCCUGCUGAUCACAGCGUGACUCAUCUUUAUCAAACAUGUAAAAGGCAUGUGUGGUUAACAACAUGUCAACAAGGGAUAUCGUUUGGAUUAAGACCGAGUACGGAAAAGAUAGAAGAUAGCGUCUUUAAAGAUGAAACAUCUUCUGAACAACAACCAGCAAAAUGUAAGCCAGCAUCAAAGCGCAUGUUUUAUUUCUUUGCUUCGUUUCAAGACGAAUCUAUGAUUUGUACCUCCAAAGGUCGACAAAACUUUUCAAAAAAGCCUGAUCAGCUAUCCACGAUCGUGGUGACCAACUCAUUUCCGAGUGGUUUGAUUGUGUCAGCUUGCUCUGACGGCUGUGUCAUUCAGCGGUAUGCCCACAAUGAUAAAACGUAUGAAAGCAGCUUCGUCGCUGACUGCACAAAUGACCUGAACAUACACGAAAUCAAAGAUUCUAAUUUCAGGAAACAACGACAAAAAUGUGACGAAAGGGAGACAUUUCGAGUACUUUACGGAAACGGCAGUGUACUUAGGGAACUUCAAUGUGGACGAAGAGAAGUGUUGCUUGCUAAUGGCAUCGUUCGUGUCGUACGUGCGUGUAAACGCAAUUGUCAUAAGAUCGAGAAUUCAAGUCUCAACACGGAAUCGAUUACCACGCAAAUGGUAGACCCAGAAACUCACGCACUCAUAGAGAGACAUCGCAAUGGUGUUGUUGUUGUGACGUUUACGAGCGGAGCUCGUGUGACCUAUCAUGUGGACGGCACGCGAAUGUACAUGAAUGCUGCAAGCACACACAUACUCGUUAAGAAACAACGCUUUGCUGAUGUGUGCAUCGAUGUAAAAGCUAAUUUUACAGCCCAGCAACACGCUGCGGGAAACCGUGUGGCUAUUACAAAGGGUGGAUUACGAGUGCGUAGCGUUGUGCAUGUUUAUGAUGGAACGAGAAUAGAAAUUGGCUAUAACACAAAGGUCACUGCGCAAGUGAAUGGAAGAGUUACAACCUUCAAGCCGAAAGGGCAAGUCAUUGUGGCAAAAGACAACGGAGGAGUAGAGUUUAACCCAUUAGAAAAACACGUUGCUACCGAUUCAGAGGACGAUGACGAUCAAGCUGUGACAGACCACACUGGGGUCUACUACUUCAAUUGCUACAAUGGGCGUUUCAAAGUAUGUGACAGCGAGCAGAAUAGAUUCCAUGUAGACUUAUGUGGACUAAAUGAUGACCCUACCGUAGUUGUUGACCUAGCUGGAGAAGUAAGCGAAAAAGAGAGCGCUCGUUACAAUGUAGAUAGCAUCUCUGCAAGAGCUGUGAUUGAUGAGCUGAUCGAGCCUCACAUUUUCAUUCUGAAUGGUGACGGCACAGGAGUUGAGAUUCUAAGACCACAAGAUAUUGAAGAAUUCAUUGGAAAAUGUGUUGAGACAAAUGACCAAGUGAUAUAUGCCAAAGAAACUGCUUCACUUUCUCAUACUUUCUUACGUGAGUUGAGUAUAUCUACAAAUUCUUCUUGCCAAAACCUCUAUUUCAAUGAUCCAAACCUUCACCAGGAAAUGCUUAGACUUCAACGACCAGUUGGGGUAGAAGGCACUUAUUUUUCGAGCUACUUUAAUGAAGAAACGGAUAUGUUUGCAAAGCAGCGAUUUACAAUGGUGAGGCGAGUCGAGCGAUCAAUUCCUCUUUCUGCAGAUGAACUUGAUGAAAUGCACAUUAGCUGGGCUAAGUGGGAGCAUUGGCAAAAGGAUCUUGAAAUGAGAAAAGAAUCCUACAAAGUUGAUCAUUUUCGUCAAUCCGAGGAAAUUGCACAGGAAGUAGUGAUGCGAAAGAAAGUGAAGGCUGCUUACAAACAGUCUCGAGCGCGUAAAAAGAUGGCCCGACAAAAGGUACGCGAGAUGAGGAUAGCGGAUUCUCUGUUCGAAAGCAAUACUAGUUCGCGCAAAGAAACCAUUCAAGAGCUUAACGUGGCUCUGAAAGACGAGAAAAUUAAUGAAGAGGAUACAAAUUCUGACUUCGAACACUUAAAUUCGGAUUUGAGCGAUGAGGACAUGAGUGAUACUCUCGAGGUCGACAAUCCGACGGAUCUUCUUUGGUCCACAUUCUCUCAAGCUGAUUCGAAAGGCAGAGGACUACUUUCCGUUGCACAAACUCGGUUGGGUUUGGCCAAUAUUCUCGGUAUUGGCGUGACAUUUGUCGAGUUGACUGAGGUUCUCGUGCAGCUUAAACUACCUGAUCCAUAUAAUGUGAGCUUCAACGUGUUUGCUGAUCUUGUCGAGUAUUUCCGGAAGAGUGAAGACAAGAUUUGUGAUAUGUAA